AUGGCAAAGGAGUCUAUUGAUAGCGGCCUGUCAAGUGAACAAUCGCAGACCUCUCGUUCUAACUACCCCACUAGACAACAACAGCCUCACUUACCCAUCCCUCUUCAUCAUCAACCGUCUGCAGAAAGGAUUACCACGCAGACGCAUGCUGUCGUGAAUUCGAGUAAUUAUCGAAUGUUCACUGGUGGUGGAAUAAAUCCUAAUAAUGGCCAGAAUCCUCCGCCCAUCAACAAUACUACCACAUCCACAGCAACGGGAACUAAUCUUGGAGCGUCAGCUUCUUCGACGGCCCUUUUCUCCCGAUUUCCUUCUCAGGCACUUCCAAGGGUUCACUUCGGUGAUCCAAAGGGGCGAAAACCUAGAUUCCGAGAACCCUCGGAUUGCACACGAAUUCGGGUCCCACCUCCGUUUGUCCGGAGUCUUUCCUCAAAAGUAUUCGACCUCACGGACGGAUUAUCACCCCCACCGGUACAACAACCCUCAAGUCCACAACACGAGAUGGUCUACCACCAGCCUCAACAACAUAGAGAUACCCUUAUGGAUAAAGGAAUACAAUGUGAACCGGAAUCUGGUGGUUCGGCUCGAAAUCAGCCACACUCUAAUCCCCUCUUGUCAGCCUUAUUGGCAGCUGCGAAUGCCACGGUUAAUACCCCCUCAGGAUCAGGGGAGGUGGAUCCGGGGUUUAGGAGAAAGCCUCAAUUUAGAUCAGGAACACUGCCCUACUGGUCUGACUCCGAAGUCAAUGCGUACGAUUCUCUGGACACUUAUUCUGCUGCUCCACAGAACACUAUUGGAAUUGUUGGGGGUGGAAAUAAAGCAUAUCCAUCAGCUAGUUUUGUUGCUGCGGCAGCCACCGCUGCAGCAAUGGCACUGGCAGCUGUACAAUCGACGUCAAGAGUACCGGCACCAAAAACGACCUUGGACCCCUCCUUGGGUACACCUAUGUCAAGGGCAAGUCUCCACUUGGAGGACUUGACCCCCGAAAGUGUCGCAAUGCGGAGUUUAACUGGCCAGUUCGCAGACACCUCCUUAUACGCACGAUUUCCCACCGCUACUGGUAGUGGUGUGGACCAAAGAAAAUCUGUAAAUUUUGAUGCAACCUCCCUCCAAAAACUUCCCGAUUUUUAUGGAAAUCCGGGAGUCGAUAUAACACAGUUUCCCCCUCCACCUGCUCCCAAUCCGCAAUUAAUGGAUAAAAAUAACCAAAAGAUUAGUAUUGGUCCUCAGUAUUUUCAUGAACUCCCAGGGAGCCAAAUACGGUAUUCAGUGAAUGAAGAGUCUAGUUUAAUGCAGCCUCCUCAUUUCUUAACUGGUGCGAUAGCUGGAAGUAGUCAAGAACGUACUCUAUCAGGAACUACCGGACCCAGCAGCGUUUCACGACCUCAGCUUCCAUCCAAUUUCAAUUCCGCGCAAUUCAAUUUUCUUUCUAGUGAACCCUAUCCAAGCCUUAGCCAACCACAAAGACAACCAAUUCAAACACAAUCACCUGUUCAUGAACCCACUUCACCCCGUUUUCGGCAACAUUCUCAUCUUGAUGGUGGUGACAUUUGGAGUGGCGGUGGUCUUCUUGUUACAAAUAUAAUCGCUGCAAGUGGUCUGAAGACAGCACAAAUGCCCUUAAGAGACCUAUACUGUGUCCUUGAAACCGAUUCUAUUCGAAAAGCUCGUUCAAUGAUUCGAACGGGUACUGAUUAUUUCGAGUGGGAUGAGGUAUUUGAAAUGGAGAUUGAAGAAUCCCGAUUUCUCUCCAUUCUCAUCUACCAGUGGGAUGCUAGAACUCGACACAGACUGUGUUUUUACGGGGGAAUUGAUCUGACAAGUAUAACUCAGAGACAAAUUGCAUCAUCUCCGAGUCAAGAAAAUCCAGGAGGAGAAAGUGCGGAAGAAGCCCAACCAUUAACAAGUCCUUUAAUUGCUCGAUCGGGGAUGAGAUUUGAGAAAAUUGCACUGCAGUUAGAACCCAGAGGGGUACUCUAUCUCCAAACGGGAUUUCUGCCGAUGAGUGCGCUUUAUAUUCGACGGAAUCUGUCCACUUCCUAUGAUUCUGCUUUCUUUGGAGUGAGUUUAGACGAACUUAUGUACAGAGAGAGGAUGCUCGCAAGCUUAGGAAUUGUGCCAGACUCAGUAGUGCCCCUGCUGAUAAGGAAGUGUGUGGAAGAAGUCGACAGAAGGGGUACUGAGGUAGUUGGAAUAUAUCGACUUUCCGGUUCUGUGUGGAUGAAAAUGCAAGUGAGGGAUUUAUUUAACCGAACAGCUGAGAAAAUAGCACAAGCGUUGGUAAAACGGAAUGAAAAAGCAGUCAGAGGAGCCUUGGCUGGAUUAGAUUUAUCUGUCGAUGCUGUUCCGGAUAUUCAUGCAAUUACCGCUACAAUGAAGGAUUUCUUCCGUGAGUUGCCGGAACCUCUCUUCACAAACGCCCUCUACCCAAUGGUGUACGAGGCCACACAAGUUGCCGGCCCUGGGGACUCCCACAUGGGCACUAAACUCAUUCUUAAUAUUCUGGACUGUCUUCCAACUUCUAAUCAAGUAGUCGGCAAAGAGGACAAGGACUUUUAG